AUGCCCAUGCCGUCGCUGGAGAUCGUGGUGGAGAAGCUGCGGCGCAUCCCAUCCAACGGCGGCCAACGGUCAACGAGCGGUCAGCGAACGGGCGUUGACCGCGUUGAUCGCGGCGACUACGAGCUGGCCGCCGCGUCGUCCUCAGAGUUGGCGGGCCCGGCGAUCCAGGCUGACGUCACGAUCCCGGUCGUGACGCAAGAGUCGGGGCCUGAGGCGCGGGGCCUGAAGCGGCGCACGUCGGGGAACGGGCGGAAGGGCCAAUCGGCGGGCAACGCGCAAUCAGCGGUCAACGGGACGGCGUUGACCGAGUCAACGGAGGGGGACCGGGACCGGCAAUGCCGCGUGUGCCUGGGGUCCGUGGGGGACAAGUCCCUGGCGGAGGGGUCGGCGAUCUACCUUGGCUGCAG